AUGGGGAUGGGGAGAGGCAAAAGAACAGAGCAACUUUCAUUCCACGGAACUUGCCGAGCAUAUGUCAGCAUCAUUGAGUGUCCUGGCGGAGCGUGGUGGCUGGUGCAGCGUGCUACUGCUAAGAAAAGCUCUCAUUGUGCUCGCGGUCGGGGGACGACGUGCGGAGUCAAAGACAAAGAGGACUUUUUCGAGGGAGAGAAAGAGAGACUAAAGAACAACGGAGAGGGUCUACAGCAGAUAACCGAUCCAUCCACAGGGGAUGGAACGCGGCGAUCGAUGCCUUCUUCUUCCCUCUGCGGGUGGGCCUUGGCUCUGUCUAUCGCACAGCUGCUGCUGUGCAACGCUCGCGGAGAGCUAGCGGUCUCGCCAACAAGGCCGCGACAUUAUGUCGGAAACCCGGUCGCGUUUGCGGCGCUCCCAUCCUUCUUUGUGGCGCCUGCUACGGUUUCGGGUGGGGUGGGGAUGGGAGCCCGACGGCGAGAACGAGCAACCUGCGGGGGAAGAAAUCGGCGCUUCGAGGGGGUGUCGUGUUUGGAGGCGAAGAAGAGCGAGAUAAAGGCGGAAGAAGCCGAGUUUAGGGCGGCUGCCAGAGAGCUGGAAAAAAUGGAAAAAAAGAAGGAGAACAAGACGAAGGAGCGCGCCCGAAAGCGCGAGGAGAGAAAACCCAAGGCGCCGAGGGGGAGGGUGGGGGACCCGCAGGACGACCAGGAUGGCCCGGGGAAGGCCGGCAGGAACCCUUUCAAGAAGGAGAAGAUCGUGUCCAAGUUCGGCGCCAACGACAUCCGGAAGGUCGAGUUCGUCGGUAGCUACGACGACAAGGAGGAGAUAUGGCCCAGGACGAAUCUUCCGGAAAUUGCGUUCCUGGGGCGAUCAAACGUGGGCAAGAGCAGCAUGCUCAACACCCUCUUCGGGGAGCCGGUGGCGAAGGUGUCCAAGACUCCCGGGCGCACUCGCAAGAUCAACAUAUUCAAGGCGAAGAACGGCAACGACAAGGACGUGUGUUACUUUGCCGAUUUGCCGGGGUAUGGGUACGCUAAAAUGUCCAAGGACAAGCAGCGCACCAUCGAGAAAUUUCUGGGGAUGUACCUUGAGCGCCGGUCGAACCUCAAGCUCUUGAUUCUACUGGCGGAUUCUCGGAGAGAACCUCUGGCGUCCGAUGCGGGAGUGCUGGAGUACGCGGAAGACAAAGAAGACCGUCUUUAUAAAAUUCUCCUGGUGGCCACCAAGGUGGACAAGCUCAACACGAUGGAGUCCGUGGUGAACAUCAAACGCCUUCAGGAGGCGUUCGAACUCCCCCCAGGCCUUCCCGUCUCCUUCUCGGCGAUUACAGGACAGGGCAAGAAGGAGAUCUGGUCGUACAUCCGACAGGCGGCAGCAGCGCAACCUUAGAAGAUGAUGUGAUUCGAAGGAUUGAUAACAAUACCAGUAGAUAGUUUGAGUUGCGAAAUCGUUGGCUAGCCUUGCGUGAGGGCUUGAGCGCGUGCGUGUUCAUCUCCGUGCGUAUUUAAUAGGGGAGUUCGCCGCCCAGUUCGUGGUGAAUGUGGAGCCAUCGUGAGCC